AUGGCGAGCAAAAACGACAAAUCCCACCGACGCUCCGCCUCCUCUUCAAUUGGCGGAGCCGCCCACGUGUCCCCGCAGCAGCUCUCCAAGGCAGCAACGCUCAUGGAAAAGCUCCAACAACCCGAAAACGCCGCCAACACGCGUCAGGUGGCCAAAGCGCGCCAAGUCAUGACGCUCCUGCAACAGCAGCAGCAGCAAUCGCCGACGGGUCAACAACCGGCCCGGCCGUCUACAAGCGGUGGUCGUCCGGCGGCCGUCAGCCGGCCGACAAGUUCCGGCGGCCGACCGGCAGCGCAGCAGCAGCUGCUUGAGAGGCCGAGCACGCCUAGUAAGGCCGACGGCGGCGGUCGCAUCUCCGCGAGCGCGGGAAGCGGCGGGAGUGGCGGAAGCGGAAGCGGAAGAGGCGGAUCAGGUUCUGCAUUUUCCGCAGCCGGCAGAUCUAUGUCGUGUAGCGGCCGCGGCUCGCCACUUACGCCGCCCGGAAUGCACGGCGCAGGGUCGCCGGGAUUCGACGAUCGGCAGGGGGCCAGCGGCGGUAGCAAGGGCGGUGGUGUUUCGGGGAGGUCGUUUCGACGGCAAAACAGCACGGAGGGGGAGAGGCCGCCACGUGGCACUCCACCACCUGGCGGAAGCGCGGGGCGGGCGGGGAGGGAGAGGGAGGGCAGGCGGAGAGGCUCGGAUGAAGAGGGAGGCGCAGAGAGAAUAGGGGCGGAGGAGUAUGAAGAGAGGGGGAUGGGCGCAGAUGGGUAUGCAGAGGGGAUGGGAGAGAGGGGGGAGGAGUGGGAUGAGGGAGAGGAGGGAGAGGGGGCAAGGAACAGGAGGCCGAAGGAAGGGAGGGGAAGCAUGCAAGGCGAUGAUAGCCGAGACAUCUACGGCACCCGCAGUGCUGACAGCGCUGCCAACCUGCGCGACAGAGGGCUGCCCCCCAAAGCUGGUGAGUCGGAUUUUGAGUCGUCUCAAGGGAAGCAUGCAAGGCGAUGA